UUGCAUUUCGCAGCAUGGGCGGGAUGGGAUGAGACUCUUCGCACAAUGAUCGCAAAAGGAGCAGACGUACACGCUAUAGAUUUCUACGGGAACACGGCUUUGCAUGUGGCAGCCGCCCGGGGAAAUGAGGUUUCUGUGUCCAUUCUGCUCGACCAUGGUGCUGAUGUGAACGCAAAGAGCGAGUAUGGUAUGACUGCACUACAUUACGCUAGCUCUGAACAAAAGCCAGCAGCGAUAUGGGCCCUCCUUCAGCAUACAGAUCGCGUAUAUGCUCGAGAUUCUUGUGGGCGGACCCCGCUC